UCACCAGACCUGGAGGGUCCCUGGGUCACGAGGGACAAGCAAGGCCUCAAAGCCCAGGAGGACACGCAUCCUUUCCACAUUCGCCAGGUGUUCCCGGUGCCCUUCGCCGGCAACCGCACACCAUCCCCUUCUAGGAAGUACCCAAGGAAGGCAGUUCCGGGAGUCUCUCCCGGCCAGGACGGUGGAGACAAGCCCCGGGCUGCUGGGUCGGAGAAGGAAGGACAGCCGCAGAGUCCCGCCCCCGACACUCGGGAUGUCCCAGGUGGAGAGCCGCCUCGCUCCUGCUCUGUCUCUGGGGAGAAGAAGCCACCGGAGGCCCCUGAUGCUGGGGGUGAGCACCAGCCACCCCGCUCGGAGGCUCCCCACAAAGACAGAACUCUGGUCCCUCCUCGACCCCGGCCUCAGGGAGAAGGGUGUCCCCUCCCCAGGAGAGAGGCCAAGGCAGGGAAAAGGUCCUUCUCCCCAGGCCUGGGGAAGCAGAAGAAGUCUGUUGCCGUGGGGCCAGCUUCUUCAUCAUCCCCCCAUGGCACUAACUCAGCCCACGCCACACACAACCCCGUGCCCUGCGGGUCAGGCCGGGGGCCCUGCCAUCUGGCCAACCUCCUCAGCACAUUGGCCCAGAACAGUCAAAACACAGACCAGAAGAGGCCCUUAGAAGUGACCUGCCAGAUUCGGAAAAAGACUCGAACCCUGUACCGCUCAGACCAGCUGGAGGAGCUGGAGAGGCUAUUCGAAGCGGACCACUACCCUGACAGCGAUAAGCGCCGGGAGAUCGCCCAGACAGUGGGGGUCACCCCCCAGCGCAUCAUGGUACAGGGGGCUGGCCAGCGGGAGGGGGGAGGACCCCCGAAUGGACCUCUGCAGAGCGGGGCUGAGCUUACCCGCGCUGGGUGUCUCUGCGCACAGGUGUGGUUCCAGAACCGCCGGGCCAAGUGGCGGAAAGUGGAGAAGCUGAAUGGGAAGAAGGACAAGGACAGCCCUGCGGGCCCCGCCCCCACCCACAGCCAGUGCAGCUCCGCGCCCGAGCUGCCGUCCACAGUGCCCCUGGACCCCGAGCCGGGCACCUUCCCUCAGGAGCCCCCUCUGGACGCCCUUCCCGAGCCCCCCAUGCUUCUGACAUCUGACCAGACUCUGGCCCCAACCCAGCAGAGUGAGGGUGCUCAGCUGGUGGCGGGGACCCCACCCCUCUUCAGCCCCCCACCUAUUCAAAGAGCCAGCCUCCCCUUCCCCCUCGGCCCUGUCCACACCUCCCAGCUGAUGCCUCUGCUGAUGGACGCCCUGGGCAGCGACAGUCACAAAGAUGAGCCCUGUGCGUCCUGGGGGACGAGUCUGACACCACCCCCCACCUGCUCAUACCUGGAGGAGCUGGACCCCCAGGACUACCCCCUGAGCAACCAGCCAGGGCUGUUUCAGGUCUCCCAGGCCGCCCAGACCCCGCUUUUCCAGCCCCCGCAGCCCCCGGCUCCAUACCUGCCCCCCUUGUCCUUCCCCACGCCGGGCGCGCUGACACUCCCGCUGCCAGAAGAUGCGUUCUUCCCGCUGCCCUUCGGCCCCAGUGCGGGCACCUCGCAGGGCUACUUCCCGGAGCCCCCGGCUGCCAGCCUGCUGCGGCCGCCUGCUGGGGACCUGGGCACAGCGCCCUGGAAUGACCCUUGCUGGGCAGAACUGCCCUUCGCUGGUCCCUUCGUUCCACAAGCUCCGGGGUACCCCCCAGGAGGGGAGGGCUACUUUCCCGACCUGUUUCCGGCCCCCUAUGCUCAGCCCGUGAGCAGGCAGCUUUCUCCAGGGCCCGGCCAGCUGCCUGACGGGGCCCAAGCGGGGGCCAGGCCCUCGCUCAGCACAGCCCCCGAGGGGCAGCCCACGGCUGCGGUGACACAGCUGCCAGUACCUGAGGAGGUCCGAGCGGAGGACAAGGACAGCCACGGCCCCUAG